GGACCCAAUCAGAGAGGCGCGCUCCGAAAGUUUCCUUUUAUGGCGAGGCGGCGGCGGCGGCGGCCCUAUAAAAAGCCGGGUCUGGUCAGCGGGCGGGAGCCGCUGCGAGCUCUGCCUGCCUUUGUCGCGCGCCGCCCGCUCCUCCCGCCACUGCCGCCGCCUCGCUCCGACCGCGCAACACCCCGAAGCCAGCCAUGGAUGAUGAUAUUGCCGCACUCGUUGUUGACAAUGGUUCCGGUAUGUGCAAGGCCGGUUUCGCCGGGGACGAUGCUCCCCGUGCUGUUUUCCCAUCCAUCGUGGGUCGCCCCAGACAUCAGGGUGUGAUGGUUGGUAUGGGCCAGAAAGACAGCUAUGUUGGUGACGAAGCCCAGAGCAAAAGAGGUAUCCUGACCCUGAAGUACCCUAUCGAACACGGCAUUGUCACCAACUGGGAUGAUAUGGAGAAGAUCUGGCACCACACUUUUUACAAUGAGCUGAGAGUAGCCCCUGAGGAGCACCCUGUGCUGCUCACAGAGGCUCCCCUGAACCCCAAAGCCAACAGAGAGAAGAUGACACAGAUCAUGUUUGAGACCUUCAACACCCCAGCCAUGUAUGUAGCCAUCCAGGCUGUGUUGUCUCUGUAUGCCUCUGGUCGUACCACUGGUAUUGUGAUGGACUCUGGUGAUGGUGUUACCCACACUGUGCCCAUCUAUGAAGGUUAUGCCCUCCCCCAUGCUAUCCUCCGUCUGGAUCUGGCUGGCCGUGACCUGACGGACUACCUCAUGAAGAUCCUGACAGAGAGAGGCUACAGCUUCACCACCACAGCCGAGAGAGAAAUCGUGCGUGACAUCAAGGAGAAGCUGUGCUACGUCGCUCUGGAUUUCGAGCAGGAGAUGGCCACAGCUGCCUCUAGCUCUUCUCUGGAGAAGAGCUAUGAACUCCCUGAUGGCCAGGUUAUCACCAUUGGCAAUGAGAGGUUCAGGUGCCCUGAGGCCCUCUUCCAGCCAUCUUUCUUGGGUAUGGAGUCCUGUGGUAUCCAUGAAACUACCUUCAACUCUAUCAUGAAGUGUGAUGUGGAUAUCCGUAAGGAUCUGUAUGCCAACACAGUGCUGUCUGGUGGUACCACAAUGUACCCUGGCAUUGCUGACAGGAUGCAGAAGGAGAUCACAGCCCUGGCACCCAGCACAAUGAAGAUCAAGAUCAUUGCCCCACCUGAGCGCAAGUACUCUGUCUGGAUCGGAGGCUCCAUCCUGGCCUCCCUGUCCACCUUCCAGCAGAUGUGGAUCAGCAAGCAGGAGUACGAUGAAUCCGGACCCUCCAUUGUCCACCGCAAAUGCUUCUAAACCGGACUGUUACCAACACCCACACCCUUGUGAUGAAAUGAAACCCAUAAAUGCGCAUAAAAACCAGACGAGAUUGGCAUGGCUUUAUUUGUUUUUUUUUUGGCGCUUGACUCAGGAUUAAAAAACUGGAACGGUGGAAGGUGUCAGCAGCAGUCUUUAAAACAAAAAAAAACAUGUUGGAGCGAACGCCCCCAAAGUUCUACAAUGCAUCUGAGGACUUUGAUUGUACAUUUGUUUCUUUUUUUAAUAGUCAUUCCAAAUAUUGUUCUAAUGCAUUGUUACAGGAAGUUACUCGCCUCUGUGAAGGCAGCAGCCCAGCUCGGAGGGAGCCGAUGCCAGUUACUGGUGUUAGGUUAUAAUUGCUUGUCUGUAAAUUAUGUAACCCAACAAGUGUCUUUUUGUAUCUUUCCGCCUUAAAAACAAAACACACUUGAUCCUUUUUUUCUCUUCGAUUUGUCAAGCAAAGCAGGCUGUGUUCCCCAGUGAUAGAUGUGAAUGAAGGCUUUACAGUCCCCCGCAGGGUCUAUAGGAGAAGCGGUGCCAGUACGCGGGGGAGGGAGGGGCUACCUGUACACUGACUUAAGACCAGUUCAAAUAAAAGUGCACACCAUAGAGGCUCGA